UCCCUGCCCGUCCCACCCCCAUUCCCAGUGCAACCAACAGCUCACUGCGCCUCUCCUGCAGCGUGGUUGGCACCGGCUCCUACUCCGGCUUCAGCCACCACCACCACCCCCAUUUUGGCAUCAGCCUGGGACACAGCUUCGGCACUCAGUCUGACCAGUUGCAUCUUCCUUGCCUGAUCCUGUCACGCCAGCUCCUGCUCUGGGAUCCAGUAACCGGACCCCCAAACCAUGGCUGGUCCCUUCUCCCGUCUGCUGUCUGCCCGCCCAGGGCUCAGGCUCCUGGCUUUGGCCGGAGCGGGAUCUCUAGCUGCUGGAUUUCUGCUCCGCCCGGAACCUGUAAGAGCUGCCAGUGAACGACGGAGGCUAUAUCCCCCAAGCGCUGAGUACCCAGACCUCCGAAAGCACAACAACUGCAUGGCCAGUCACCUGACCCCAGCAGUCUAUGCACGGCUCUGCGACAAGACCACACCCACGGGUUGGACGCUAGAUCAGUGCAUCCAGACUGGCGUGGACAACCCUGGCCACCCCUUCAUCAAGACUGUGGGCAUGGUGGCUGGAGAUGAGGAGACCUAUGAGAUAUUUGCUGACCUGUUUGACCCAGUGAUCCAAGAGCGACACAAUGGAUAUGACCCCCGAACAAUGAAGCACACCACUGACCUGGAUGCCAGUAAGAUUCGUUCUGGUUAUUUUGAUGAGAGGUAUGUAUUGUCCUCAAGAGUCAGAACUGGCCGAAGUAUCCGAGGACUCAGCCUGCCUCCAGCCUGCACUCGGGCAGAGCGGCGAGAGGUGGAACGCGUUGUGGUGGAUGCACUGAGUGGCCUGAAGGGUGACCUGGCUGGACGUUACUAUAGGCUCAGUGAGAUGACAGAGGCUGAGCAGCAGCAGCUUAUUGAUGACCACUUUCUAUUUGAUAAACCUGUGUCCCCAUUACUGACUGCAGCAGGAAUGGCUCGAGACUGGCCAGAUGCUCGUGGAAUCUGGCACAACAAUGAGAAGAGCUUCUUGAUCUGGGUGAAUGAGGAGGAUCAUACACGGGUCAUCUCCAUGGAGAAGGGUGGCAACAUGAAGAGAGUAUUUGAAAGAUUCUGCCGGGGUCUCAAAGAGGUGGAACGGCUAAUCCAGGAGCGUGGCUGGGAAUUCAUGUGGAAUGAACGUUUGGGAUACAUCUUGACCUGUCCAUCUAACCUGGGCACUGGACUUCGGGCUGGAGUGCACAUCAAACUGCCCCUGCUAAGCAAAGAUAGCCGCUUCCCAAAGAUCCUAGAGAACCUAAGACUUCAGAAGCGUGGGACUGGAGGAGUGGACACUGCUGCUACAGGCAAUGUCUUUGACAUCUCUAAUUUGGAUCGACUGGGCAAGUCAGAGGUGGAGCUGGUGCAACUGGUCAUCGAUGGAGUAAACUAUUUGAUUGACUGUGAACGGCGUCUGGAGAGAGGCCAGGAUAUCCGCAUCCCUGCACCUCUCGUCCAAAGCAAACAUUAACUCCCUGUCACUGGCAGAUGACUCAAGAUCCCCAGGACUUCUUCCCAUUUAAUGGUGACCCAUUAUACUUGUCCUGAACCUGUCCCAACCCCCUGCCCCCAUCCUAGUAAAGACUUCUUGUUAUGCUUCA